CGUCGGCCAUGUUGGCUCGUUCGUGCGAAUCAGGGCGAAUGGUCCGGUGUAAACAGAGUCGUGGGUACGCGGAAUAACUUUACCGCGACGGACAAAACAUGGAACAGGACUUAAAGGAUAAAAUCGACCUUGCCUGUCGUACUGCCGAGGAGUUUACGAAAUUAUACUACGACAGUCUUGACAAGAGAAGAUACCCGAUAUCGAGGUUAUACUUGGAUUCCGCUAUCUUGAUAUGGAACGGGAACGGAGUAGAAGGUAAAGAUCAAAUUCAAAAGUUCUUGAUGGACCUUCCGUCUUCUACUCACUCCAUCGUCACACUGGAUGCUCAACCAAUUACCGGCCCAGCCGUAGCCGACCAGCUGACGUUUCUCGUGAAAGUCAGUGGCCAAGCAAAAUACAAAGACAAGCCAUCGAAACCCUUCAAUCAGAACUUCUUGAUCACCGCCGUUGGCGACAAGUGGAAAAUUGUGAGUGACUGCUUCAGAAUGCAAGAAGCGUUUGAACCACCCAUAUAAUUACUCUACAUCACGCGUGUAACGAGAACUCGUAGACAUUUUUACCCUUAUACGAUAUAUUUUGAGUCAGGCAUUUGGAGUACUUUGGUAAUAAAUUUCAUUACGGUAAAUUCAAUAACUAAACCACGAUGGAACUUCGGCAACGGGAUCUCUUUUAAACUGUCCCAAACUCCCUGUAAUUUGAUAAUUAUUUUUAUUCUCAAUCUUAUAUAUCAAUGUAUAAAGCAAUAUUAAAAUUUCAUAUCGGUGGAUCGGUA